AUGGAAGAAUCGAACGGCUUUGACUGUGGGCCAACGGACUUGCUCUGUGAUGAAGAAACCAAAAGCUUGUGCUUUCUUGAAGACGACGGCGGUGAUUUAGUGGAAACUUCCGAUGACCGGAGCCACUUAACCGACGGCGAUAAGAGCAGCGGCGGAUCAGAAUCCGGGCCGUUGAUUCUUUGGCCGUGCCUGAGCGAAGAUUGCAUCCGUUGGAUGGUGGAGAGAGAAAGUGCCCAUAUGCCCAGGGACGAUUAUCUCAUGAGAUUGAGGACUGGGGAGUUGGAUAUGGGUUUGAGGAGAACAGCUCUUGAUUGGAUGAUUAAGGCUUGUGCCCACCACAAUUUUGGGGAGUUGUGUUUGUAUUUGGCUACAAAUUACUUGGAUCGGUUCCUAUCGGUGUAUAAGCUGCCCGGAGGUAAAACAUGGGUUGUUCAGCUAGCAGCAGUAGCUUGCUUAUCACUAGCAGCGAAAUUUGACGAGGUUAAUGUGCCCCACUCCGUUGAUUUACAGGCUGGGGAGCCAAAGUUCUUGUUCGAAGCGAAAACCAUACAAAGAAUGGAGCUUUUGGUGCUCAACCACUUGAAGUGGAACAUUAAACCUUACACACCAUUCAACUUCAUCGAGUACUUUCACAGAAAGAUGAGUGGCUCUGAUGUUGAAAUCCCAUCAGAGCCGUUGAUCACAAGAUCAAUUCAGAUCAUCCUGAACACAAUUAAAGGUAUUGAUUUCUUGGAGUUCAAACCUUCUGAAAUAGCAGCAGCAGUGGCUUCGUAUGUUUUGGGCGAACAAGCCAUGGACUUUGAUAAGGCUUUGUCUGGUUUUCUCAUAAUAGAGAAGGGAAGAGUCUUGAAGUGUCUCGAACUGAUUCAAGACCUGAUACCAACGAGUGGGACUGCAUAUCCUUCUGAUAGUAGAACUACUAAAGCUAUAAAUUUGGCUAAUGGUUCGAUUUUAUCGUUAUCCAUUUGCGAUAGUCCAAACGGAGUCUUAGACGCGGCUUGUUUGAGCUAUAAAACCGAUGAAAGAAAAAGAGUUCCUUCGGAGGCUAUUCCGAACAAGAAACGGAGGAAAUUGGACGAGAAGACGGAUUUUGGGGGGUGA